UGAUUCUACCCUAAUUUACCAUAUUCAGAACACUUUGCUGUGUAAAAUUUGGGUCUGAAAUUAAGAAGAAAAAUAGCCAUGGAUAUGUUCCACAAGGCCAAGGCAGUGAGGCUGAGGAGUGCCCACGAUAAGUACUUAACGGCGGAGGAAGAUGAAGAAUCAGUUACCCAGGAUCGGAACGGCUCAUCCACCGCUGCCAAAUGGACGGUAGAAUUUGUUGAGAAUUUGGACGGAAUAAUCCGCCUGAAAAGUUGCUACGGCAAAUAUUUAACCGCCACAAAUCAGCCGUUUCUACUGGGCAUGACGGGGCGGAAGGUAGCGCAGACUCUGCCGCAGCGGCUCGACUCGUCGCUGGAGUGGGAACCCGUAAGAGAAGGGAAAUUUAUUAAGCUGAAAACUAGGUACGGGCAGUUUCUGCGUGCAAACGGAGGGCUGCCGCCGUGGAGGAACUCUGUUACUCAUGAUGUUCCUCACCGGACCGCCACUCAGGAUUGGAUUUUAUGGGAUGUUCAUGUGGUGGAGAUAUUGGUGGGGCAGUCUCCGGUAGCUAAACCGCCUCCGCCGUUGGUGGUUCAAUCUGAUUCUUUUGCUUCCAAUUCAAUCCCGCCUUCUACUCAUUCCUCAGAAUUUGCUAGCUUCUCUCGACAAGAGUCGAAUGAUUCUUUGGUUAGUUCGCCACCAAAAGGGGGGGACGGAAGGUUGAUUUACUUCCAUAUAGCUGAUGAACAAGGGCAAAUUGAUGAGGGAUUUGAAGAACUUUGCAUUACAUUCAAAGGAAAUGAAGUUCAAGAAUUGGCAAAGAGGCUUGAGGAGGAAUUAGGAAUCGAUGAUGUUGUUGUGUGCACUCGUAGCCCUUUGAAUGGGAAGCUUUAUCCUCUUCGUUUGCAGCUUCCUCCCAAUAAUGCAACUAUGCAUGUUAUCGUGGUUUCGACCUCGUCCCAAGUGGGUCAAGAGUUGGCGAAAACCUUUGCUCCAUUUUAGAAAGAAACCAGAAGUUAUCAAUACGUGUUUUGUACCUCCUGUUUCAGCUGUCCCUGACCCCUUGCAAUCGAAGCAUAGCCCAAAUUCCUAGAAAACUCUGAAUUCAUGAAGGUUUUGUAUAUACAUUAAUAGUGGUGAAAGAUACAGAAUGAGAUUUCUACCUACCAGACUUUCAGAUUCUUUCAUUCUGUACCUGCCAGUCAUAUAGUGUGUUUAUUGAUUUAAGUGCUGAAUUUUUUGAUGUUGUACUUGAAUACAAAUUGAUUCUUAAGUUUAUGAAAUAUUAGAAUUUAUUAGUUA